UGAUGUUGUCAACUUGUCACUCUCACGCACCAAAAAGUUAUGGAAAAUUACCACCAGUCAAAAGUUAUAUCACAAAACUUUUCAAUCACUUCACAUUGUCCUUGCAUUACACGUUUUGUCUGACAAGUAACCUUUAAGAUUGCAGUAGAACUUUAGGAUCUCAGUCAAAACUCGUAUGUUUAUUCAGACGUAAAGCUAUUCGUAUUAUUUCCGGAGGACUAUCGUCAAAUGCCGGCAAUCACAACGCGACGCCGCCGUCGGCGCGACCUAAAAUGUUUUCCAAAAAUAUACCAGACGGUGUGGUGACUCUCGCCAUGCUUGCACGCAUAAACGUAUAAAAUGGACCGCUUUAAACUAUUGUUUAUAGCACUUGUGCUGCAAAUUGGCCAGAUACAGGCAAUUACGUCGGCGAGGAGUCAAUUCCCUAUCUGGGGAUUGUUCACUCGGCUAUCAGACCAUAAGACAGUGGAAGUUCUUCAGAAAAUUCGCAAAUGAUUCGAGAUCUUCGUAUUUUGGGAAAGAGAAGAUUUCGAGAAGUCCAGACAGCUUUACCGUGUCACUGGAAAUGUGUGAGGAAGGCUUUCGGUCAUCAGCGAUAGUUGAUGCCAGAUCUACCCGAGGAAUUUGUGACAACGUGUGUUUACGCAGCAACAAAUUACAGAUUCCACAUCUAACUCUGGAUUGGGAGCCGGCGGUAUCACUACCUAAAGAAGGUUUUACAAUCUCCUAUCAUCCGCCCCCGGAUGUUAUAUCAAAAGUGUACGCUACUUAUAUCAAAAAGAAAGACUGGGAUAAAUUUUCAUUUAUGUAUGAAGAUGAAGGAAGUUUUAUUCGACUCCAAGAAGUCAUAAAUACUUGGGAAAAUGAUAAAAAACCUAUACUCUUCAAGAAAAUCUACCCUGAAAGGGACAACAGGGAAACAUUCAAGCACGUUUUUAAAGUUGCUCGUCUCAGUUACCAUAUAAUAGAUUGCAAAGCGGAUAAUAUUAAAAAGUAUUUGGAGGAAAUUACAAGAGUGGUAAACUACACCGCAUACCAAAAUAUUCUUUUAACAUCUUUAGAUGCAUAUAGAGUUGACUUGACUUCAGUAAACAUCGAGGGUAACGUAACUACUUGGCAUUUGGCAAUGGAACAGAAAGACAAAUGGACUGAUAAUGGUAUCGAGAAUCCUAAAAAGAUUGAGACGUAUUUAGCGGCUGAUGCACUUAAACAUCUCGAGAAAUCUAUGAAAUACAUGAUAGACAACAUUCCUCACAGCGCAUACGAUAUACCACAGCCUCCGCCUUUGUGCUAUGACGGACAGACUCAGCCGUGGGAAAUGGGGCCGUUUCUACGGGACGCUUUACUGUCAACGAAUACCUCAAUAAGUCAGGGAUUCACCGGAAACGUAGAAUUUGAUGAAAGUGGAAAACGUGUCAAUUUUAUGUUGCACUAUUCAAAACUGAACAAUGAAAGCCAAUUUGUGUAUGUCGGCAACUGGAACUCAACUACGGACCAGAUAGAAGAUAUAAACUUGAACUAUGUUCCGGAUGUGAAAUCAAAUAUUACUUUUAGGGUAGUAACUCGGAAACAAGCCCCGUUUUACAUGGUACCACAAAACGGGGAUCCACCCAAAGGUUACGUCGUUGAUCUAAUGGAUGAAAUCUUCAAACACAUCAGAGAGAAAGAACAACCCGGGUGGUUCCAUGUAAUUGAAGAUCCUGGCUUAAAAGUUGGUGGUCCGAUAGAGGGCAGUAGAAGGUGGUCUGGAUUAAUUGGAGAAAUUCUGGAACAUAGAGCACAUUUUGCGAUAUCCGACUUGACUAUAACAUCAGAGCGGAACUGUGUGGUGGACUUUUCAAUUCCGUUCAUGAGCUUGGGCAUCAGCAUGCUGUUCAAAGUGGACCCUCCUCCUGAUCCAGACAUGUUCUCUUUCGUCAACCCGCUGUCCACUGACGUCUGGCUGUAUCUCGCUGUGGUGUACAUUAUUACGUCUCUUGUUUUACUAAUCUGUGCGAGAAUGAGCCAAGAAGACUGGGUAAACCCUCACCCCUGUGACCGGAAUCCCAAGCAACUUCAAAACAUUUGGAGCCUUUACAAUUGCAUGUGGCUGACGAUGGGUUCAAUCAUGACUCAAGGAUGUGACAUAUUACCUCGGGGUGCCGGCUCCCGUUGGAUAGCAGGCACCUGGUGGUUCUUUGCCAUGAUAGUAACAGCCUCGUACACCGCCAACAUGUCCACGUUCAUGAGCAACAACCGCCGUAGCAACAACAUCGAGAGUGCCAAGGAUCUCUCGGAGCAGACGGCUGUCAGCUAUGGUGCUAUGCUCAAUGGGUCUACGCAUAAAUUCUUCCAGAACUCAAAUGAUCCAGUCUACCAAAAACUUUACCAAGGAAUGACUGCAGCCAAUCCCACAACGUUCACAGCGGACAACGAAGAAGGUAUGGAGCGCGUCGUACGGAGUAAAGGCAAAUUUGUAUUUUUCAUGGAAUCCACUACCAUUGAAUAUUUUAUGAAGCAAGAUUGCCGGUUAAAGAUGGUUGGAGGGAAACUGGACUCUAAGGAUUACGGAAUUGCGAUGCCUAAAAACUCACCGCACAGAUUGGCUAUAAACAACGCAAUACUGUACCUCCAGGAAAAAGGAAAACUUACAGACCUAAAAAAUAAAUGGUGGGUUAAAGAUCCCGACAGCCCAGAGAUCGAAGAAUGCCAGAAUGAUGACUCAAGCGGAAAAAACGAUAAGGAGGACAGCGGAUCCGUGCAGAUGAAAAAUACGAGUGGGAUAUUCCUGGUUCUCGGCGUUGGGGGAAUUUUAGGUCUCAUCUUUGCGAUUAUCGGAUUCUUCUUGCAUUCCCAUGAGAUCGCCGUCAAGGAAGGAAUAUCCUACAAGGAAGCAUUAGCAAGUGAAUGGCGUGUGUCCCUCGACCCUCGCGUGCUGAGCAAGCCAGCAGCGCCUCCACGCUCGGCAGCUCCUUCCAUCAAAUCUACGUCUCCGAACAGAGAGCGCUCGCGGUCCAGAGCUGUCUCUGUGCUAAGCUUCGCCCAGUCGUUUAUUAAUUUGAAUGAAGUAUACUAGUUAUCUCAUCUAGUUAAUAUAAUCUUAUCUAUCUAAAAGCCAGUUCUUCUUUAAGCGAAAUUAUUACACCUUUAGAACUGC